AGCGACUAUAGCUCCAUCUACUCUUCAUUUUUAUUUUUCACGGUCCAAUUUUAUUGUUCGGAAAUGAAAACGAAAUUCACAUAGAUAUAGUAAUUAUUAUUGACCAUUCUUCAUGAGAAUUUUGGAGUAAUACCAUUUGCAAAUUCUCUUCAAUCAAAGAAGGAGAGAGGGGUGUAAAAACAAAAAGGUUGUAGACAAUCAUUUAAAGAUGGUGACUGUCGGUUGGGUUCGUGAACAACUAUCGAGUUUGGCACAUUGUGGCGGUUCCCACAAGGAACAAGCUGACAAGUACCGAGCUAUGCUUGAUGUGAUUCUUUCAUCCUCUGGGCAUGAGCUUGUUGAUACACUGAAAAUCUUCAUCGAAGCUAUUGUCAACGAAAAUGUGAGUCUUGUAAUAUCGAGGCAGGUCCUGACAGACGUUAGCAAUCGACUCUUACAUCUUCCAGAUGAAAUAUCAAAAGCUGUUUCCCAUAAUACAUUAGAUAAGGUACAACCCAGAGUUAUUUCUUUCGAGGAACAAGUUGCCAGUAUCAGGCAGCAUCUGGCAGACAUUUACGAGAGAAACCAGACUUGGAGAGAAGCUGCAAAGGUUCUUGUGGGUAUUCCCUUGGAAACUGGCCAGAAGCAAUACACAGUUGAUUAUAAGCUUGAGACUUAUCUUAAGAUUGCCAGACUCUACCUCGAAGAUGAUGAUCCUGUACAGGCCGAGGCCUUCAUCAACAGAGCCUCGUUGCUUCAAGCAGAGUCCAAAAACGAACAGCUCCAGAUUUACUACAAAGUUUGUUACGCCAGGGUAUUGGAUUACAGGAGAAAAUUCAUUGAGGCUGCCCAGAGAUACAAUGAAUUAUCAUACAGAUCAAUUAUUCAUGAAGAUGAACGCAUGACCGCUUUGAGAAAUGCUUUGAUCUGUACAAUUCUUGCAUCAGCUGGCCAGCAAAGAAGUAGAAUGUUGGCUACCCUCUUCAAGGACGAGCGUUGUCAACAACUCCCAGCUUAUGCAAUCCUGGAGAAGAUGUAUCUAGAUCGUAUAAUUCGUCGUUCAGAGCUUCAGGAGUUUGAGGCAUUAUUGCAGCCCCAUCAAAAAGCCUGCACUACUGAUGGAUUGGGCUCCACCAUUCUUGAUCGAGCAGUAAUAGAGCAUAAUCUCCUCUCAGCCAGUAAAUUAUAUAAUAAUAUAACUUUUGAGGAAUUGGGAGCACUCCUGGAGAUUCCUCCCAUGAAGGCCGAGAAGAUUGCCAGUCAGAUGAUCACAGAGGGUCGAAUGAAUGGCUAUAUCGAUCAGAUUGAUUCCAUCGUUCAUUUUGAAACUCGUGAGAUUCUACCCACCUGGGACAAGCAAAUACAAUCGCUUUGUUAUCAAGUCAACCAAAUUAUUGAAAAAAUUGCUCAAACUCAGCCUGAUUGGAUAACGAAAGCAAUGGGGAAUCAAAUGGUCCAUUAACGCAAGUUAAAGUGAUGCAGAAAAUAUUUAACAAAUCGACUUACUUAUCUCAAAAUUUUCAACUAUUUCUUGCAUUACUGAUUUAUAAAUUAAGCAAGUUAUAACAAUUUAUAACUUUUCUCAAAUUUUGUUUCAUCUUGAAUUAAAAAUUGAAAUCUUUGUCCCUCCAGCGUGGCGCAAAGAGAUAUUUCUCUCGUAUUUCACGAGAGAAAAGUGUAACCUUUCUCCUCCGCCGUACGGAACAAUGAAAUUGUAAUGACGGGAUGUAAAAUAAAGGACCCCUACUCACGUGCUCAUUAAUUUUGGCUCGGUAGAUAAUUCUCUAGGUCGGCAGGGGUCCUUAAUUUUACAACCCAAAGGAGAAAAAAUACUAUUAAUACCACAAAACCCAUGUAUUCUUUUUUUUUUAUGUAAAUAAAUGAAACAUUCAGUUGAAACCGUAA